AUGGCGCCCAGCAACUUACCCCACAACUUCUUUCCUACAAUCAAUCUCCCUACCAUCAUCCAAAAGCGUUCAAGUUCUUGCGAAGUCAGCUACUCCAGCCAGUGCUCCACCCACCGCACUGUGCUCCUUAUUGUCUCCACUUUUGUGGCCGCCUUCCUCUUCAUCGGCUUUGGUCUCGCAUGCAUAGUGAAAAGAGCCCGCCGCAGGGCCCAUGAACGCGCUCAAGCGGCAGCCAAAUAUCCCUACAGGGAACUCAGGCUGCUAAGACAUGACUCUGAAUUUCCUGUUGUAGCGAGGCUACCCUUGACAAGGCCGAUGAGUGAUACGAAUCUCGCAGCUGGAGUCGACCAGAACUGGAGGAAGGAGGGUUCGUGGAAUGAAAGGGCAGCAAAGAGAGAUGAGGCUCCGCCGCCGUAUACACCAAGAACACCCGAGCCUGUGAGGACAAGAAUCUGA